GCUUGCGUUAUGCGCUAAGCGAGCCGUUGGAGGCCUGGCAGAGCGCGCGGGCGCCGAGGGCGGAGAGGCAGGAGAGCGCGGCGGAGCCUCCAUGAGCAGGCGUUGCUCACCUGUCGCCUCGGUUUUGAGGGGACUCGUCGGCUCCGCUUUUCUCUGCCUGGGGCGGGCUAUGAGUCUGCGUGGGGCUCCGGCUGCCUGCUUGGCGGGGCCGUCGGGCGGCAGCGGCGGCGCCUCCUCUUCUUCGUUCUCGCCGCCGAGCCUGCCGUGGCUGCGGUUGCCUGAGGUGCCCGGCGCCGAGCCCUCCAAAACCAACGACGUGUUGCUGCUGCUGCCGUCUCCGCCCUCUUCUGCCCCGUUACUGGGGUUGCCCCAGCAGCAUGUCAUCUACUUCCCCGGGGACGUGCAGAAUUACCGUGAAAUUAUGGUUUGCCAUCCAGAAAAUUUCCAGUGGGAACGAUGGUGCUUAGAAAACGUUGCUGCUAUUCUCGGGCGUCGUUUCCCAGGCAGUUACAUAUGGGUUAUAAAAAGUUCUCGUAUGCAUUUGCACAAAUUCAGCUGCUAUGACAAUUUUGUGGCAAGCAAUAUGUUUGGAGCACCUGAACACAGCACUGACUUUGGAGCCUUCAAACACCUUCAUGCAUUACUUGUUAAUGCAUUUAAACUUGUGCAAAACAUUUUGCUAUCUCAGAAGACCAUGUACAAUUUUAGCAUGGACGCAAAGGCAGUUGGUUGUGAUUUACCUACUGUUGCUACUACAAACGGAUGUCCAGCAGCAGAAAGGGAGCUAGAUUGUGAACACCUAAGCAAUUCUGCAAUGAGCUUUAUUGAGCCUAAUGUUAUUGGUGGAGUGUCAUUCACUUUGAUAGGGUUCAGUAAAGGUUGUGUUGUCUUAAAUCAAUUACUUUAUGAAUUGAAGGAAGCCAAAAAGGACAGGGACAUCAAUGCCUUCAUAAAAAACAUAAAGGCCAUUUACUGGCUGGAUGGUGGACAUUCUGGAGGAAGUAAUACUUGGGUGACCUACCCUGAUGUGCUUAUAGACUUUUCACAGACUGGGAUUUCAGUUAAUGCUCAUGUCACACCGUAUCAGGUAUUUGAUACAAUGAGGGCAUGGAUUGGAAAAGAGCACAAGAGAUUUGUACAAAUUCUUGAGGAACUUGGCAUGAAUGUAAAUAGUCAGCUUCAUUUUGCUGAUGAAGCACCUUCACUAGACAACCACUUCAGAGUUCAUGAAGUAUUCUAACAUUGUGAACUUAUCCAUACUGUAUUAACUACAGAAAUGCAUCUGAAGGUUAGACUUAACUGUUUGAGAAUGUGCAUUUUCCUAAGUUCUAGUAGGGGAAAUACUAUAAGCUGUGCUAAUGUUUGCUUUUUAUGACAAACCUUGGUUAAAUCCCAGUCUUUAAUUGCUUUUGCAGCUGAAAAGCCAUGAGAAAUCCAUUACUUUAAAGGUAAAUGUUUUUGCUUUCUUAGAGACUAAGAUUCUUGAGGUAAAGCAACACCAGUUCAUACAAAGCUUCUUUUAAGCAAGAUGGAAAAUUUGCCUAAUGUUUGCUUUGCCUUGAUUUUUGUGGCUGAAAUGUUCACAUCAAAGCAUUCUAAAGUGUUUCUGGUAACUAAAAAAAACAGGCCUCAAGUAUUUCUGAAUGAUCCCUCCAUUUUAUUUAGAAAUGGUAACUCAAGAAUCAUGGGAUAAGAAACUUUAGAUUGCAUUGACAACACUGUUUUUUAGCACUUUGACAUAGCACAAGCAAUGCAGUAAGCUGGUUAUUUUGAUACAUUCUAAGAUCUCAGUGUGACUAAAUGUAGAUUAGUUUCUUUGAGAAUAAGGUGCAUAACUACCAUACUGUUGCAUCAAGGGUGCUCAGCUGUUUCUAACCAUUGCUGAACAUCUAUUAGUGAAAACAUUUUAGGAGACUUGAGAGUUUUAAAUGUGUCUUUUUUAUGUAAUCAAGAAUGUAUAAUCUUUCUUCUUGUUAACAUUCCCUGAUACUGACGCUUGAGACUCUUAAUACAUUUUUGAACUUUUAUAAUUUGAGACUGUUAGACCCUUUGUAUCACAUGUAACAAAUAGCAUUUGUUGAAAAUUAAGCCAAAGGUGUCUACAGGAUAGUAAUACUAUAUGUUAAGAUGAGCUUCGGAAUUACAUUAGUUACCUAAGUAUUUGGAAAAGUUCAUAAUGCAGCAAUUAUGAUUUUGGUAACAGAGGAACAUGAAGAGUUCAGCAGCCUCUGAGAAUAUGAGACUAUUGCAGGUUCAACCACCUUGCCGUCUGUUUGGUUAAGAAACUAUUUGGAACUUCCACUAAAACUACAAUCAGUAAUAUGAUUGUAGAAUACCUUUAUAAAUUGUGCUCAGAAUUUCCACAGCACUAUAUUGUAUGACAAUGGAAUUAUGAGAACAUAGUUUCUAAACAUGUUCAGGAUUCUGUUUUCAGAAAAUAUAUUUGAAAAAUAUUGGUAAGAUGUAGAGGGAUAGUGAACUGGAGUCACUAUCAAGAGCAAGACUUUUGUAAGAUUCAAAAUUAUGGGCUGUAUUCAAUAUUCGAUAAUGGUGGCUUUGCCUAAAGUAGAAAAUGUUUCUGCUUGCAUAAUCCAGUUUUCACCAAUUUGUUCUACCUAUUGAAUCUCUUUAUACCAUAUCUCAUUUGGUUACCCUCAACUCCUGGAGAAGCACAUCAGGAGAUUUUCCUGUUCAGAGGGGAUGAGAUGCUUAAAUGAUUAGGGAUAAUCAGUGAAAACAGGGUAUUCCAGCUUGGAAGAACAGAAGCACUUGCUGUUUAUAACCCUAUGAAUGGACUAUACUAUUUUUGAGCAUGAUAGAUACAGUAUUCACUUCCAGUGCUUUAGAGGGAGUUGGGGAAAGUAAAUCUCAUACUUUCUUAGUCAAGUAUCAUAUGUUAGGCAGCUGCUAUUCUUCUGUCUUAAUCCAAUUGUUCCUUGUUGGCAUUUGAGAGCUUGCGCACUGACCCCUCUUGCCUAUUCACUUUAUUUCGGGGUGCAUGCAUAAAAAUAACUGGUGCCAACUUGUCUGGGUACAAGUGUGCAUAAAUUCUUUCUCUCUGUGGCCAGAAUAGUAGCACACAUUAUUGAAUAUUAGCAGCAUUCUUGCCAUUUGCACAUUCCAGUCAGGUAUUUCUGUAGCACUUUGAACUGCAUGUCAGGAGUAAGCAAAGUUUUUGCACUUCAGUUUUCAGCACUCACUUUACAAAAUAAUUAAAACAGCCCUAUUUGGGGUGCUUUAAGUAUCAAUCUUGAGACACAUUUAGCAGUCCCACUAUUGAGCUGAAAACAAAAGUUAAAAGUUGGUGAAAAGAAUGGGUUAGUUUUGUUGUGUGGGAAAGUACCUUUUAUAUUCCUAGGAACAGAUGGAAUCCAGUUUUGUCCAUCCACUGAUGGAAUGGGAUCGCCAGCACAGCAGAUUCUCUCCCCACCUCCUGCAGUUCCCUGACCAUCCAAAUGUGUUCUGGAAGGUUGGGAGACUCCCAAAAGCAGAUUAUGGGGUUUCCAGUGGGGGGAGAGGAUGGGGAAGGGGAAUUGUGCAACACUGGAUGAAGUGCAAUCAUUUUUUCAGAGUGUAAAGUUGUGGGUUUUCUAUAUUUUUUUUCAGUGUGGUAAAUGAAACUGCUUCUUGCCUUUGAAAGCUGCCUUUAUGAAUAAGCACUGUUUUUUUUCCCUGCCAUAGGUGUUGACAUGUUUGAAAUGGUUCUUUUAACAUGACUUUCUCCCCCUCCCCCCAAGAUUAAAGGUAAACUAGCUGUAGUUUGAUUUCUUCAGUUAACUGGAGGAAUCCAGAACUUAUACCUCAUUUCAUUAUACUAUAUAAGACACAUGCUGACUAUGUAAUAUGGAAGAGGCUGUGACUGUAGAUAAAACAUUAUAGUUCCACAAUAAACUGUUUUGAGAUUUGUCAAACUGGUAAAAGUAAUCUCUAAGUGUUCGGAGUCUGAAAAAACAGAUAAUUGCAAAUUGUGGCGCAGCAGCACUUCUGUUUGUUCCAACCAGUUAUUUGGUGUUCUAAUGGAUAGGCAUAUGUUUAGCAUAUGACAUUUAAGUACUGCUUUAUCAGAACUACUGAUAGACAAAUCUUUCUAUAACUUUUGAAAUUGUUUGAUGUCCAAAUUCAUUCUGUCCUAUUUCUGUACGUGUUUGCAAAAUUGUUACAAAAAGUGUGCAUGAAAAUUUGUGUGCAUUUUUGGGAACACUUCCCCGAUAUGCAAGUGCUUCUGCAUAAUUAUCAGUCACAAUGUGGAAACCAAAGGAUAAUUGCAGUCUGAUUCAAAUAUUUGUUUCGGAAAUGUGAAUUACUUUGGUUUUGCAUUGAAAUGCAAACAGAUUUCUCCUGUAACCCUAGACAGGGUGGUUCUCUCAAUUUCCCUAAUGCAAAAUUAAGCAUUGGACUAUUAUCCUCAUGGGAAAAAUGCUAAUGUAUAUAAAGACAUCCAUGUUUUCUAUUUAUUGGAAGAGUAUUGUUACCCAUUCAUGUGAUAUAACCCUAUUUUCUCUUAGUUACUGCUUCUUGACAAAAGAGGCUUUCUUUAGUGUUGCGAGACCUAGGUUCUUCCCAAACCCCUUUUUACCUUGGCAAUAGUACCUUCAUUAGUACGGCAUGCCACAUUAGAUAAGUCCAGAGCUGCUGACAAGCUGCAUCCUUAAGUACUUCACUGGAAAGUAAUAGGUUGAACAAAGUGGCUGUGAAAAGCUUUUUUGAUCUGGCAAUUAUCUAAAAUGCACCCUAUUAUUCCAGGGCUGGCCAGUUCCCUGGAAUACUUUGCAGCAUCUGCUACAUAGAUAUGUUACUUCUCUCGCACUGAUUUGAGUUCUGUUCAAGGACUGUUAAUCUACCUUGGGCAUUUUUUGGGCUGCCUGUUACAAGUCAUCUUAAAACAUUUCCUCAUUGAAAAAUGUUUAAGAUACGCAUCUAUUAAACGUUAUUACACCAACUGGAGUGAGGAACUGCUUGAUUAAAAAAAAUAAUUAAGCUGCCCUUCAUCCUAAUAGAUAGCAGAGAGGUAUGCAAGAGGCACUGAAAAAAUGAAAAAUCCCACAAAUAUGAUAGAACAAAAUAAAACAACCAACCAGAGGAAUAGAAGUAGAGCAGACUAUAUAGACCACCUUUAAAUUUUAGUUU